AGAUUUACAGGCGUGUUUCAUUGCGGGUGUAAGAAGUCAUUUUAAUAAGCAGAAGUCCACUGAUGAGGUUAUUAUUUUUUUUCAGCAUUUUAUACACAGCUUCAUUAUGCUGUCAACUAAAGGAUUUCUUGCCGUGUGUAAUGCAACUUAGCGCUCAGAAGGUUGACUUCAAUAUGAAUCCCAUUGAAGUUAUUUUCAAUAUUACGACAGAAGCAAAGCUAAUGCAUACUUGCAGAACCUAUAGUCGCAUCCUCCCGUGUUUUGAUCAAAAAAUGGUACAGUGCGGUAAACCCUCUGAAAAAACCCAACUAGAGCGCGGAAAAAGGUUACAUUCAUAUUUAUGUGCUCCAUUUUCUCUACAACGACAGAAGAUCUUCUUGAGAAGAAGCAAAUGCAUUCAGGAUGUGCUAGCAGAACCGCAAUCAUCGGUUUGUAACAGAAAUGAUACGGUUUUUGCGGAUAAGCUGCAAUCAUGCAGAGAAAUGUGUACCCGACCAGACUGCGUGAGCAAAAUCGAACUUUCGGAAGUGUCAACUUGCACUUAUAUCAACAUUGGUAAGAAAUGUACCGCAGAAGCUGCUCAAUUUUUUGCACAGAUGCAACAGGUUUUAACUAACAAAGAAUAUCCAAUGCAAUGCCAAUAUGAUCUAAGAAAAAAACCGGAAUCGGAAUUGAAAAAAGGGUUACCUAUUGAGUCUCUGGUGGCACAAACGACUUCUUCCACAACUUAUGUAACCGUUCAUCCUCCCGCACUUCCUUCAGUAAUCGACGGAGUUGUCACGAGGACUAGUCUUCCAAUCAUGAGAAGAACUGAUCCAAACUCUAAAUUCAAACCACGGCCAACAACUUCUCAAUCGAAUGGACCUGUUAUAAAAACUGUGAUUGUUGAUGAACGUGGCGCUCCAAUGAACCAACCAACGUCCACUCAAAAGCCAAAAGUUGUGCACAAGUUUUUGCCAAACCCGUAUACCACAAAAAACCCAAAUACAUUGAAAAACGAUAUCAUCAGAACGACCAGAACAAUUAUUCCCGUCGUUGACAAACAUACGUACGUUCCAUGGAACUAUAAAGUAGACGCUGUUCAGGUGUCUACUUUAACAAGUGCUUUAGCACCAGUUAAACCUACGGAAACAGUAAUAUCCUCCCCUCCAGUUGCAUUUAAUUUCAAGUUACCUGCUGAGCAGACUUCUACACAACCAUUCAGAGUUGAAAUAAAUUGGCAUGAUGACGAAGUUAAGCAGGAACCAACAAAGGCACCAGGAGUUUUCGUCUCCCCAUGGUAUCUAAAGACACCAUCACAUAUACCACCGGAAAUUGAAUUCGCUACACCAACGCCAUUGAUCAGUUCGCCACUAGAAGCUGUGAGCCCAAUUCUCAGCCAAUUGAAAUCAAACUCGUUGAAUUUCACGGAACUCGGAAACCAGGCAAACAACUACUUCUCUGCAGCAUUAAGUGCAUUCGCAGAAACAAAGAAGGAAAUGGCACACAAUGACCCAUGGCGGACUAUCAUAGAUGCCGUUGCUCCAACUAUUCAUAAAUUUUCACCGGAUGUGAUACCUCGAAUUCGAGAAGAAAUCAACAGAAUUCAACCUCACCAGCAAAAAAAUUAAGUGUAUUCUUCCCUAUUGCCACUUAACUUAUGCCAUUUAUUUAUUUCAUGUCAUCAUUUGUUUUUUUUUAUUUUUAUUUUAUUCUAUCUGUAAAAUAUGCUCAU